GAAUCUGCCCACUGCUUUGAACAUCAAGGCGCAACGAAAUCAGCUCCUGGCUGUGCUUGAAUUCCCCGCCAUGCCUGGCGUCUAUUUUUAAGCGUCGCGCGGCGGCGGCGUGUUGACCAAGAUCUCGUCCAGCUCGACGUCCAGCUCGUCGACAUCAGGCUCAAACUGCUCGAGCGCCGCAUCCAGCUCCCAGUACUGCUGCGCAGCCUCGCUGCCAAAGCGCGGCUGGAUCAACCACCUGUCGACCAUCCAUGCAGCAAACAAAAACGUGAACGUGCCCAGGAAAUUGGCUCCAAUGUCGCGGCCGUCAAACUCUCUUGCUGUCAGCAGCCCCUGCAGUGCCUCGCUGAGCACGCAUGCCGCCGCCAUCGACCCCACCGUCAAUACCCAGACCUUGCGUCUGGGCACUGUGCCCUGGAACGCAAAGAACACCAGCACCGACAGCACGCCGAAUCCAACAAAAUGCUGCGCCUUGUCUGGGACUCCCAGCGAGAUCGCACGAGUGAACCCGAGAACCGCCAGGAACACAAGCCAUAUUAUCAGCGCAAUCAGCACUGGUACCCGCAGGCCAUUUGUCAAAGGAACCCGCCGCAUGCUUAGCUAUCUGUGUGAAAUCUCAACCCGCUUGCUCCUGGUGCUUUUCGAGGUCGUGUCGAGUCGGUUUACGGAACAGCACGUUCUGCUGUUUUGGGGAGGGGAGCGGUAGAGGCAGUGAAGCAGGACCCAGCGGCUCUCCCAUCCAAUAUCUCGCCCCAAACGAAACGACCGUCAUUUCUAGAAUAGCUGGGUGUCCGUGCAACGUGGGCGUCGUCGUCGUCGUCCCGGAGAUCCAGAUCUAUUUUUGGUCCCGUUCCGUCUGCGCUGUUCCCAAACCUGGCCGGCUCACGCUGCGCCUGGAUCCCUAACACCGCCUUGAUGAAUCGCGUGGGAUCAUGAUUAAGGCCUGCCGCCACUAGGCCACCACCACAAGACACGGCCAUGUGCAGGCU